AUGGCGACACAUAUGAGGGAGAAGCGCGUGGCUAAGGAGCGCCAAAAGAUCGAAAGGUCUGGUCUGCCGCCCGGUAUCGACCUGGUGGAUGGCGACAGCUUGAAAGAAUGGACUUUUGAUAUCCGUGUCCUCGAUACAAAUCCGCUUUAUCAGAACCAGACUUACCGCUUGAGAUUUGCUUUUCCACAGUCAUAUCCCAUUGAACCACCUGAAGUCACAUUUGAUAUAAAGCCGGAUCGUCCCGUACCUAUCCACCCCCAUAUUUACUCUAAUGGCUUCAUAUGUCUCGAUUUACUGGAUACACAAGGAUGGAGCCCCGUGCAAAGCGCAGAGAGUGUGUGCAUGAGCAUCCAAAGCAUGCUCACUAGCAAUUCCAAAAAUGAGCGGCCGCCAGGAGACGAGGAGUUUGUCCGCGGAAACCGACUGCGGCCCCGAGAUAUUGAGUUUUUAUAUCACGACAACACUUUACAUCCUCCUCUUGAGACAUCGGGAUCUUGCACAGGAUCAGGUCACUGGGUUGAUUUGGUGCGACAUGACGGUAUUUGCUCCCCAGACCAUCGAGGCCGCAAGAGGUUUACGGCCAGCCAGCCUUCAUAG